AUGGAUGCUGAUGAAUUUCGACAACGAGGUAAAGAAAUAAUUGAUUUUAUUGCUGAUUAUUUAACAAAUAUUCGAACACGACGUGUUUUUCCCAAUGUUAAACCUGGUUAUAUGCGUCCUAUGAUUGAUGAUGAAGCACCAAGACAAGGUGAAUCAUGGGAUAAGAUUUUUAAUGAUAUUGAACGAGUUAUUAUGCCCGGUAUUACACAUUAG